AGGGACAAACAGUGCUGCCCACAGAGUGAACUAGAGAGAGUCAUUUGGAAAACAAAAGGAGAAUUUUACAGGGAGGGAGGGAUAGAUAAAGCCACCAGUGCCUGGCCAGGGUACAGAGCAAAGAAUAGGGAGAGACAGAAAAGUGUCUGGAGACAGCUAUCUGAGGAGGAGACGAGUUGUUAGAGGAAGGAACAGGAGAGAUAGCAGAGUUAUUUCAAGAGUGAGCAACGGAGGGAACAUCAGAAUCCACAGACCGUCUAAAGUAAACGAGGAAGGGUCCAGAGGCAGUGAGAGAAGGCCAGGAGCAGGGCCCAGUCCAGGGUAGGUACGAUCACUGAGGGGAUGAACUUCACAGUGGGUUUCAAGCCGCUGCUAGGGGAUGCGCACAGCAUGGACAACCUGGAGAAGCAGCUCAUCUGCCCCAUCUGCCUGGAGAUGUUCUCCAAACCAGUGGUGAUCCUACCCUGCCAACACAACUUGUGCCGCAAGUGUGCCAACGACGUCUUCCAGGCCUCAAACCCUCUGUGGCAAUCCCGGGGCUCCACCACUGUGUCUUCAGGAGGCCGUUUCCGCUGCCCGUCUUGCAGGCAUGAGGUUGUCCUGGACCGACACGGUGUCUACGGCCUGCAGCGAAAUCUGCUAGUGGAGAACAUUAUCGACAUUUACAAGCAAGAGUCAUCCAGGCCACUGCAUUCCAAGGCUGAGCAGCAUCUCAUGUGUGAGGAGCAUGAGGAUGAGAAGAUCAAUAUCUACUGCCUGAGCUGUGAAGUGCCCACCUGCUCUCUCUGCAAGGUCUUUGGUGCCCACAAGGACUGCGAGGUGGCCCCACUGCCCACCAUUUACAAACGCCAGAAGAGUGAGCUCAGCGAUGGCAUCGCGAUGCUAGUGGCAGGCAAUGACCGUGUGCAAGCAGUGAUCACGCAGAUGGAGGAGGUGUGCCAGACCAUCGAGGACAACAGCCGGAGGCAGAAGCAGUUGUUAAACCAGAGGUUCGAGACCCUGUGCGCCGUGCUGGAGGAGCGGAAGGGCGAGCUGCUGCAAGCGCUGGCCCGGGAGCAGGAGGAGAAGCUGCAGCGCGUCCGCAGCCUCAUCCGUCAGUACGGAGACCACCUGGAGGCCUCCUCUAAGCUGGUGGAGUCCGCCAUCCAGUCCAUGGAGGAGCCGCAGAUGGCGCUCUACCUCCAGCAGGCCAAGGAGCUGAUCAAUAAGGUCGGGGCAAUGUCGAAGGUGGAGCUGGCAGGACGGCCGGAGCCAGGCUAUGAGAGCAUGGACCAGUUCACCGUGAGCGUGGAGCAUGUGGCCGAAAUGCUGAGGACCAUCGACUUCCAGCCCGGCGCUUCCGGGGAGGAAGAGGAUGAGGAGGUGGCGUUGGACCGCGACGAGGGCAGCGCAGGGCCGGAGGAAGAGCGGCCGGAUGGGCCGUAAGGCCUGCACUGACCCGACCACCGUCGAGCAGCCCGGCCCUGGCGCUAGGGUGGUGGAGGAUCUGCGGAGACCACCGCAACCACCCGGCUUGGCGUCCCGCCCCGGGGGAGGGCUCAAUAAAGGACUCCUGCGUCUCA